AUGCGCCGCGUCAUCGCUUCACGUCUUUGCGCCCAACGCCCUGCCCAGUGUGCCGCGACGGCAGCCGCCGCGCUGGCGUUCAACGCGUCUGUGCGGCGCCAGGGCACCCGUCAAGGGCCCCCCGCCGGUGUUCCGCCGGAGUUCCGCGCCCCGCCGCAGGGGUCGCGUCCGUCGCAGCACGAACAGCAGCAGCCGGAGGCGCACGCCGCGCCGGAGGAAAACUUCGAGCCACCGCAGAAGCCCACGGAACCCCCGAAGAUGCUGAAAAUAGACACGAACGCGAGGGGCAUCGCCACCGUGCAGCUCGGCCGGCCCCCGGUGAACUCCCUCAGCCUGGAGGUCUUUGAGGAGCUCAACAAGUGGAUGCUGUGGCUUGGGAGCGACGAGGGGUGCAACGCCGUCAUCCUCACCUCCGCGAUCCCCACGGUGUUCUCGGCGGGGCUGGACAUCAACGAGAUGUACAAGCCCCAACCCGAGCGUCUCCGUCGCUUCUGGCAGGCGUUUCAGGAGACCUGGCUGAUUCUCAACAGCUUCCCCAAACCCAUCGUCGCCGCGAUCAACGGCAACUCCCCCGCCGGCGGCUGCAUCUUGUCCCUCGGCGCCGACUUCCGCGUCAUGUCCCGUCACCCUGCGGGGAAGCCCGACCGCCUCUACCGCAUUGGGAUGAACGAAACCAAGCUGGGCCUCGCGGCCCCUGCGUGGGCGAUCCCCGCGUACGCGUACAUCGUGGGCUCCCGCAACGCCGAGCGCAUGCUGCAGCUGGGGGAGACACCGACCGCCGAUGAGGCCCUCAAGCUUGGGCUGGUGGAUGCCGUGGUGGAGGAGGAGCAGCUGCGCGAGGCCGCGCUGCGGGAGGCGGAGCGCUUCUUGGCGGUUCCGCAGCAGGCGCGGUGGAUGUCGCGUGACAUGAUGCGCCGCGAGUUCCUGCAGCACAUCGCCACCGACGAGGAUAGAGAGUAUGACACGCAGUUUGUGGUGGAGCUCAUGAUGAACCCCGAGGUGCAGAAGGGACUGGGCGCCUACAUGGCCCGCCUAAAGGGGCAGCAGGUGCGAAAGUAA